AAAUAAAGAAAAACAAAUUGAACAUAAACAUGUGAAGAUUUUAUCAAUCUCAAAAUCUUGACCACUUGACAAGCUAUAUAUGUAAACCGUGUGCUACAUUUUGUUGUGUCAAUUUGAGUGAAGAUGUUGGAAGGAAAAGGUGUGGUGAGAGAGACAGACAUGGCAGAGGAGAUGCAGAACAAAGUCAUGGAGUUUGCUCAUCAAGCACUUGAUGCACAUGAAGUUUCUGAUUGUCAGAGUAUUGCUCAUUUCAUCAAACAGAAACUUGAUGAAACAUAUGGACCUGCAUGGAAUUCUGUGGUUGGAAAUGACUUUGGAUCUUGCAUUACACACAUGAGUGGAAGUUUCAUAUUCUUUAGAGUGGAAAUGAUGGAAUUUCUGAUCUUCAAAGAUGGGAAGGACUUCACAGAAAACAGAGAAGAAGUUAUUAGAGUUAUACAGAAAUCAGGAAAUGAAGAUUCAUAAAUUCUGAGUAUAUUAUUGAAACUAAGUUGGUCAUUACUAAUCAAACACUUUUCAGAUUUAAUAUGUGUUUAUAUGUCCAUCCGAUUCAGUUCAUUGGUAAGAGUUUGAUUUUAUAACUUUAAGACAUGAGUUCAAAUGCUGUUGAAAAUAGUUGUAAAAUGAUUAUUAUUGCCGACCUGAUUAAUAAGAAUUUCCCUCUUUUUUUUUCUUUUUCUUA